AUGGAAUCAACAUCCGUAACAGCGUGUAGCACGGUUACAUCGAUGGGAUCGUCUACUGGGGAAAAACCCAGACGUGCUGACUAUCUGCAGAUAGAUCCGUCCAGCACGUUUAUUAAUAACUCUCGUAAUUAUGAUGAUCUCCCGGAAAACUUUCUUGAACAAAUAAGUCCUCAACAGUCUUCCGCUCCUGCAACUUCAGUAAUGAUAAACGAUCAUUCCUCCAGUCCCCAACUUGCACCCUUAGCUCCAAUGAGCAUGGCUUCCGAGCAAAGUGGUUUCGGGUUAAUGGGAUUGUCGUCCCAGUAUGCAAGUAUUGAUAAGACGAGUUUUGGUAAUGGCCCUGCAGGGCUGUUGUCACCCUUACAUAUGGACAGUCGGAGAACUCACGCUGGUAGUGACUUCGGUCGAUCCGUGUUCAUAAAGGAAGAACCAGAUACUUUGGACAAUUCCCAUCAUAUGAUGAUGGGCCCACAGAUGUCCAUACAACAGUCUGAUAUAGAUAGAAUGCCACAAGCUGAAACACCUCCCGCUGUUAGCAAUGUUGAGUUAGCUAGUACCAUGAUCGCUAGUUUAAUUGGGGAACAGCGGAAUUCGUCUCCAUCACCUCAUAGCUAUUCCGGUCCUCCAUCUAGUUCGAUGCGAAUAGGCAACAUAAAACAUGAUGAAGACGCUGUGGAAGGUCAGUUGAAUGGGGAUGAUCGAGAUGCUGCAUAUACUAGACAAUCGUAUACACCCAAACCAAGAAGAAUAUAUUCUACAAAAGAUAGCAACGAUCCUUUAAAUGCCGAGAUUGACGAUGAUAUCUAUAUCGAUACCAAAGAAUUAUGUAAACGCAUAGCUUAUGAACUCAAGCAACAUUCCAUCCCUCAGGCUAUUUUUGCCGAGCGUAUUCUGUGCAGAAGUCAAGGAACAUUAUCGGAUUUGCUGAGGAACCCUAAACCUUGGAACAAAUUGAAGUCUGGUCGUGAAACGUUUCGUCGAAUGUUCAACUGGGUUCAGCAGCCCUUAUCUAUGCGGUUAGGUAUUCUGGAUAUGUACAAAAAUGGGAAUGAAAACGAGGAUCUUGUGAACGGAUUGUCAAAGUCUAUGGGCAUGACACCACCAACACCAGCUCAGAACGUGAGACACGCGAAUAGACGAAGUAUGGAUGGAGAUACUCCCUCUAAUAAGCGACCAAGAUUAGUAUUCACAGAUAUACAAAAAAGGACACUUCAGGCUAUUUUCAAGGAAACUCAGAGGCCAUCUCGGGAGAUGCAGCAAACGAUCGCCGAGCAUUUGAGAUUAGAUCUCUCCACUGUUGCCAAUUUCUUUAUGAAUGCCCGGAGGAGAAGCAGGGCUGGAUCUAACCAAGACGAACCUCAACCAUAUCAGCAGGUUCAUCCAGUUACUCCCCCUCCUGAGUCUCCUCCUCGGACUGCGAAUAAUCGAAAUCGUCGAGUUCCAGCUAGCAUGCAGCAUGUUGAAGCCACGGUCACCAGUGUAGCCCAAUCAGCUAUUCAAUAUAGCCGAGACGCAGCUGCACAGGAUCAGCUUAGGCUUGGGGAUGACGAUGGGUAUGACGAUAGUAAUAAGAUAUACAAAGCAGAAAACGAUCCUGCAGGAUCAAACCCUAUGUACGAAGCAAACCAGGAAGUCCACUGCGAGGCUCCUGUACGGGAUACUCCCGUUGUUGAUGUAGUUGACCAUAGUCGCAUCAAACAAGAGGAAGAUAUUCCUGAAGAUAAUUUGCCUUAG